GCAGCCUCGGCUCCUCCCUCGGCGGCCGCAGCGGCGGGAGGGCGCUCGGGGCCGGGCUGGGCCGGCCAUGGCGGCGGAGGAGGAGGAGGGCGAGGUGGACUGGGUGGUGGACACCAUCGCCGGCUUCCUGCGGGGGCCUGCCUGGGCCGUGCCCGUCCUGGAGUUCAUGGAGCAGAAAUGCGAGGGUGAGCGGCGGGGCGGCGGCUCGGCGGGGAUGCCGGCCCCGGCAAGGGGCCGAGUUUUUGAUGAUGAAGAAGAAAGCAAGUUGUCUUAUACAGAAAUUUAUCAGGAGUACCAAGCUUUGGUUGAAAAAUUAUUAGAAGGUUAUCUUAAAGAAGUUGGCAUUACUGAAGAGAAAUUUCAAGAAGCUUUUUCAUCUCCUCUUGCAAAGACACAUACUUCACAGGCGAUUUUGCAAACAGUGCUGGCAGCAGAAGAUUUCAGACUAUUUAAAAAAAUGAUGGUACAAAAAAAUAUUGAAAUGCAAUUGCAAGCCAUUAGAAUCAUGAAAGAAAGAAAUGGUGUAUUGCCUGACUGUUUGACUGAGGGUUCUGAUGUAUUCAGUGAAAUUGAACAAGAAGAAAUGAAAAUACUCAGGGAGGUUCUAAGAAAAUCUAAGGAAGAAUAUGACAUGGAGCAAGAAAGGAAAAGGACUGAGGAAGCACAUACCUUUAAAUCACCAGAUGUGACCAGUUUUCCAGGAGAUUCAAGAGAAACUGUAAGAGUUAAGGAGUCUACUGAGGGAGCUGAUGUUUCUGAAGAAACUCCAAAAAUUUCAUUAGAGGAAUCCUGGAAAUCUGCAAGGGAAGACCUAAAACCAGUACGCCCAUUACAGAAAGGAACAGAAAGCUUACCUCAGCCAACCAAAGGCAAAGAAGAUAUUAAGAAGAGAACAUCUGAAAAGCGUUCAGAAAAUGCAGCACAAAAAGCCAGGAUAGAAGGACUUAAUUUAUCAGAAGAGCAGCAGCUGAGGCAACGGGAGGACUACCUCAAGAAAAAGAGAGAUAUGCUGAUGGCUACGAAGAAGGAGUCAAGAAAUAAUGUGAUACCGCCAACAAACACUGACCAGAAAGAAGAAGAAUCAUCUCCUAAAGAGGAAAUUUCAGAAGAGAAGCAAAAGUUACUGCAGAAGAGGAAAGUGCUUGCAGAAAAACUAAAAGAAGAAGUUAUUAAUAAGCGGUAAUGUUAAGAAGCUCAUUGCAGAUCUCAGUAACAAUAAGCAACUUUAAAAAAAAUUAUAACCAAUAAUUGAAUGGAUUUGUUUUCAAAUAUGUUACAUUUAGUUUUAUAGACCUUUCAGCCAAGCAACUCUGUACUGUAUAUAAAAUAUUUGAAAUUACACUCAAAACAGUGAAAACAGAUUUUUCCAGAAUGCUGGAAACUCAUUGAUUUUCACUGGAAUGUACUCAACAGUGAGGCAGUUUAACAUCAGCUCAGCACGCAGAUUGUGUGAACUACUGGCCUCAGUCACUUAAUAGAGCAAAAGCAAAUAUUUAUAUCUGUUAAAAUAAUACUUAAGAAUGUAAACAGUUUUGAAUGAGUUAUAAUUUUUUUUUUUUAAGGAUUAGGGAACUUGGUUCUUUUCAGUAGAAUAUUAAAAAUAAAUUAAAUUACUAUUUUUUGGCUGCAAAGUAUAAUAAAAUUUAAGUUCACAAAGAAGUGUUGCUAUGAUCACCUUAUUUUUUGAGGAACAGAUAAUGCAGCUUGAAGUCAGGAGCCAAGACAUCCAGAUUAUAUUAUUUUACAUACUUUUGGAGCAGUUUACCAGUAUCUCAGAUUCAAGUUUGCUGUGAAUGCAACUAAGUUGAGAAAAGCUUUAGUUGCAAAAUAAGAACUAGAACCAAUAUGAGACCAAUUUAGUUCUAAUAUCAGAAGUCUUUAAACAAAAAUAUAAUUUACAUUUGUCUUUGACUUAAAGUUGCGCACAUUACAGCCUCUGCUGUGCUUCAUUUCAUUACAUCAUUGACUUUAACAGUAAUUUGCAUAAGAAGAACCACCCAACUACUUCAAGUUCCAUGUAGCUUUUUAUUAAAAUAGCAUUUAUAACU